CGGUUUUCCUCGUUGCGCUUCUCCCCUCCUUGGCCGUCUAGGUUGUCGUCCGCCUUCAUGUUCUGACGCUGGGCGUUCUCUCUCUUACCCCCACCGAAUUCCUUCAUUUUCCUUUUCGCCUGUAUUCUGGGGGCUCUUCGUCUUCGACCUGUCUUGCAAGGGCUUGCGGCUGUUCGACCAAUGGAUACUCUCGGUCGAAUAUUGUCUCUGUUCUUCUUCUCUUCCCUGUUUGUGUCUCGUUGCCGAGCUUUAAAUGUGCAUACGUUCAAUUGGGGUUUCCCGUCAAGUUUGGUUUCAGCGUCGCUCGGAGAAUGCGAGACCCGUUCAAUCGAUCUGAUUCCCCUCGACGCUUCCACCUCAAACACAACAGGUACACCACCUUACUACAUGUUCGCUUACGCGCCCCAGGGUACUACAAUAGUGUCGCACCUCGGAGACGAUCCCAAAUCAUUGUCGUGGCAGGUGCAACACCCGAAAGGCUCCAAGCUCUUCCUGACCAUCGUGGAUGGAGAAGGCAACACUGGUGGCUUCGCAAACUCGUUCUUCGAUGUCGUCGCUGGGGCUUCGACCUCUUGCCAGCCGCCGGCUCCGAAGGAUCCUCCGGUCGUUCAUUCCAACGUCACGACAGCUAUCAACACCUGUGACCCUUGGGGCCUAACGGUUACGGGCGGUGUCAAGCCCUAUAGUAUUUCCCUUGCAGCCAUCCGCGCUCCGGUCGUCACCAAUGUCACAAUGGGACCGAACGACGAUGUGCUCAUCUAUGUGGACCGCGCGGAUCCUGGGUCGCAAAUAUUAGCCGCCGUUGUGGAUGCCACAGGGCAGUGGGGCGUUUCUUCCAUCGCAGUCAAUACUGCGGGUGCAGCUGUGACGAAUUCAUCCUGUCCUGGGCUCAAUACCGUAUCAACCACGACAGCAGCGAUUCAAAGCCAAGAAGCAGCAGCAAAGGCCGCAGCAGCGAAAGCUGCUAAAGCCAAGUCGACAGCUAUCGCGCUGGGGAUAGUGUUCGGGCUCGUUCUGCCCCUCAUUCUCGCAGGUCUUGCCUUCUGGUACUGGCGCCGUCGCCAGAAGUUGGUGGAGCGGGAACGUCCUCGUCCGUUUGAUCCCAGUAUGCAGGAGAGUGGGAUGGGGAGGCCGAGCUUGAACGUCGAUACCAGUGUGGUGCGGGUGAACGGCCAACCACAACGCACAGCAUCCUGGGUCGUCGAUAUAAACCAGGAUCCUGGCCGUCAGACCGAUAGCCCGACGUCAAUCGACAUGGCGUCAACGGAGAUUCGCGGGUCCGCAACACCCACGCCCUAUCUCACAUCUCCUCAGGUCCAGUCGGCGAUCGCAUCGACUGUCCGGUCCCCUCAGUCGCAGAUCCCAGUAUCGGCUUUAUCGCGGACGAUGUCGCCGGCACAUACACCCCUAAGCCCACCAGAGCCUUUCGCGACAACACCAAAUUCGACGUCACCAGCGGCAACCCUGUCUCCUGCGCAAAGAUAUCGCAAGGCGCUCGAGGCACAGGCGGAAGCGCAGGCGGCUCGUGCACGGCUGGCAUCGGGUUCGCGUUCAGUCUCCCCGUCUCCCUCGGGGUCGAGCGUCGUAGUCGCAGGCCCUUCUUCGCGGGUGCCCCAGCGAUCACAGUCUGCGACUGUUCCUCGCCAGUUCCCUACGCAGCCUAUGCCAAGACGAGCGGGCUCGUCGUUGCGGAUGCCGCCGGUGACGGCACUCCCGGAUGAUAGCCCGGACAUCAUCUUCCAACACAGCGAUGGAGGCAUCGUCGAGGAGUUGCCCCCACCUUACCCGAUGGACAGCAGGUAUUCGGCGACGCCGGGACCCAGCACACUGUCCCCCGCUCGGUCUGUGUCGCCUCCACGGGGAAGCGCGGGACCGUCGAGCUCGGCGUAGUGUCUUACAGAGCGAUCGAAGUAUUAAGGAGGGUUCCGACACUGCGGCUCGCGUUGGUUAGGGAAACUAGUUUUGUUCUUGAUUUUAACAUACCUUAUUACUCAGUACUUUUCUCGCUGUUUAUUCUGACGGCCUGCUAGUCUCAGGCUUACUCUCUUACGCGCGAUGGCGGGCUGUUUGUGUAUGUACACUGCUAACGCUGUGUAACACCGUCGUCGACACCUCGACGUUCCCUUCUCUGUGUAUCAUAGCGACGUUGUAUGAUAUCCAC